AUGACCCAGACCAAACACCUACCAACAUCAUCAUCAUCUACAUCAACAUCACAUACUAUAAUGGAGAACAACCAAUUAAAGCAUGGAAGAAGCGAUGCUCCUAUCAUCAAGCUAUCGAUCGACCUUAUCAAGACAUAUAAGAACAUCAACCAAAUAUACUAUGCAGCAAAGUCAAAGAAGAAGAAUGAGCUACUAGCCAAGCAAGCUGCUGCAACAGCUGGAAGUGGUAGUAGUAGUAGCAGCAGCAGCGGCGGCAGUAACAUCAAUAACAACAACAACAAUAAUAAUAACAAUGGCUUUGACGAUGAGAAUGGUGACUAUAUAUUCAGGGACAACGAUGUCUUUGAGGAUCGCUUCGAGAUCAAGGCACACUUGGGCAAAGGAUCAUUCGGUCAAGUUGUCAAGGCAUACGAUCGUGUCACAGAAGAGUUUGUCGCCAUCAAGAUCAUCAAGAACAGGACACCCUUUUACAAUCAAGCACUGAUCGAGAUUGAGUUGCUAGAGUCCAUGAACCGGAAGGACCCUGAAGAUCAAUACAAGAUAGUUCGAUACAAGCAACACUUCAAGUUCAAGGGACACCUUUGUCUGGUGACAGAGCUGUUGUCAUUCAAUCUGUACGACCUGCUGAGGAACACUCAGUUCUUGGGCGUCUCACUGAAUCUGAUCAAGAAGUUUGCACAUCAGAUACUCACGGCACUCUACUUUAUGUCGACUGCCGAGGUCGACGUCAUCCACUGCGACCUCAAACCAGAGAACAUCUUGCUGAGGAAUCCCAAGCGAAGUGCGAUCAAGAUCAUCGACUUUGGUAGCUCAUGCCAUUCCAACGAACGAAUGUACAAGUACAUACAGAGUCGAUUCUAUCGAUCACCAGAGAUUAUAAUGGAGUUGGAGUACUCAUUCUCGAUUGACAUGUGGAGUUUGGGCUGCAUCCUUGUGGAGAUGCACUGUGGUGAACCAUUGUUUGCCGGUCAGAAUGAGCUUGACCAGCUGACACGCAUCAUUGAGGUGCUGGACAUGCCUCCUGUAUAUAUGAUUGAAAAGAGUCCAAAGCUAAAGAAGUUCUUCACUGUCAAUCACAGUGAUCCCCUAUCCAAGUACCAGUUGAGAAGGACUGAUCGAUUGAAAGAGUUCCAGCCCAAGAAACUAUCGGACAUCAUUGGAGUGGACAAGGGAGGACCUCAUGGACGAAGGAAAGGCGAGCAAUGCCAUACUUUGGCCGAUUAUUUAAAGUUUCAAGACCUCAUUGAGAAGAUGCUGAUAUAUGAUCCAAUCAAACGUAUAACACCACUGGAAGCAUUGCAACAUCCAUUUUUCCUUUCUGGCACAAAUGAGGACAAUAGGGGCACUGGUGGCGUCAAUCCAGCAUCAUUGACUCUUCCACCACUUUCAUUCCCAUUCCCACCGCCAACGUCCCAACUUCAACAACAGUCAGCCAUAUCUCACUCUCAUUCCCAUUCCCAUUCCCAAUCUCAACCAAACCUGUCGACGACGACAUCAUCAUCAUCAUCCAACAUCAUCAAUAGUAGUACCAACAGUAACAACAACAACAGUAAUAUCGACUACACUAAUCAGCAGAGCAGCUCACCAACAACAAAGUCAUCAAACUCUUCCACACUCUCACCUCACCUAUCAUCCACAUCCUUGCAUUCACAUUCGCCACAGCUUCAUCAACAUCAGCAUCAACAACUCCACUCUUACCAACAUCAACAACGUUACAAAUCACCAACAACAUCAUCAUCAUCCAAUAUAGACCAACAUCAACAAUAUCCACAACAACAACAACAACAACAACAACAACACAAGACUCAUUCACCUUCAAAGCAUGACAUCCAUCAUUUGAUUGAAGAUACAUCUAGCACUACUAGUACAAGCAGUGGUAGUGGUAUUGGCAUUGGAGGUCACCAUCAUUACAAGCAGAGUGCAGACGAUGACUUGCGACUCAACCAUCAUAGCAUCCAUCCACAUUCCCAUCAUCACCAACAUGGUGGUGGACAACCAACCAACAUGAACAUUUACAGCAACAACAACAAUGAUGACACAUCACCCGAGCAUGUCCCACCUCUAAACUCCUUAUUGUUGAGUGACAAGCAACAGAUCUAA